CAGAAAUGACAAGCUGUGGGGGGCUUCUGUGAGGCUGAAGAGACUGCCCUUCGUCGAAAACAAGCCUCUCUCCAUCCGUUCGAUCGACAUCUUUGACGGAGCUGCUGAGCGAGGUGGGCAGCGUGGAGGAUGAGCAGCAUAGAGCGGUGGGAGUCGCCCGACACCAAACAUGCCGACAUAGAAGAGGUCGGCGCAUCGGACAGCAGAGAGUCAAGCAAACACAUGAGUGUGUCUGGCAAUGUGUGUGUUGGCUGCAGAUCUUAUACUCGCAGGAUGUGUUGAAGAAGCGCAUAGCGGAGCUGGGCCGCGAGUUAUCAGAGGCCUAUGAGGGGCAGCUGCCCCUCUUCGCGGGCGUCCUCACCGGCGCAUUUGUGUUCUUCGGGUCAGCUCAGACCAGACAGAACAUCGAUGGACCACCCGCCACACGUGGGUCUGUGUGUCUGUGUGUUGUGUGUCGUGCCGUCAGGGAUUUAGUGCGUGCGAUAACGAUUCCCAUCGAGGUCGAUUUUGUGGCGGCCCACUCGUACGGCCAUGGGAUGGAGUCGUCGGGCAAACUCGACAUCAAAAAGGACUUCAGGAUCGACCCGAGUCAGCUCACACAAUCAACGUGUGCCUGUGUAAGUUGGCUCGUGUGUGUGUGUGUGUGUGUGUGUGUGGUUCAGAGGGCCGUGAGGUGGUGUUGGUCGAGGACAUCGUUGACACCGGUUUGACGCUCAACGUGCUCUCGAAGCACAUCAUGGACAGGGGGGCCAAAUCUGUCAGCAUAUGUAAAGGCACACACACAGACACACACACACACCGAAAGAGAGAGAGAGAGAGAGAGAGAGGGAAGGAGGAUACCUACUGUGUCUGUGUCUGUGUUUCUAUCAGGCACGCUGCUUGACAAGAGGGCGCGUCGAGCGGCGCCGGUGCCGAACCUCAAGUUCAUCGGAUUCGACUGCCCGGACCAAUUUGUCGUCGGUUACGGGUGCGCCAACCCCCCCCCCCACACACACAGCCAUUCACACUCGCAUGUGUGCAUGUUGUGCCAUGCUUCCUUCAGCAUCGACUGGGCGGAGCGGUAUCGGUAUCUGCCGUAUGUGGGCUACCUGCGGCCGUCGGUGUACUCGAAGGCCAUCUCGGAGCAGGAGCCGGCCCAGGACAGAUUUAGGGAGGAGAAAACAGGAUGCAGAAAUGGCUGCUGAGUUAGGGGCGGUGGGCAGUGGACGGUCACACAUUCCGUAUGCGGCCCGAGAGGGUGGGAGGUGGCUAGCCAGCUGUGGUGCGUGCGUGUUUGGGCGACAGCUUUUUCCGCCGGCCCUUAUUUUUCUUUUUGGGGCACAAACAGUAGCAGCCCGUUCUGUUUGUUUGGCUGCACAUGUUUCCUGCUUUCAGUCUUGCCUAACAAACUCCAUGGUGAUGCCUUGUGCGCAGCACUGAGGUGUGCCGCUGACACUGCGUCACCAGCAGGCUUGGAAGGCGAACUGAAUGCAGCGACGUGCAGCCAGCCAAAGGGAGUGCAUCGAAGAUAUGAUAGAGGCAGACACUCUCUGUUUGAUGGAUGAGCAUGAGGAGAGUGGUUUUCGUUUAGUCGCAUGAUGGCAUAGCACAGCAGACACUGUCGACGGCCGGCUUUGGUAGCUACUAGCGGGUGGCCCCAAGGUAGGAGUGGUUGCGUAUCUUCGUGUCCAUUCAUCCUGCGUGUCUUGAUUUAUUUGUCGUUUCGUUUGCUGACCGUCCUUUUGUGUGUGUGCGUGAGUGUGGGUUGGCGAGUGGACACGUGUCAGGCUGAGAGGAAAUGCUGUGAGACACACACACGGCUUAAAAUCAUGACUCGACUGGCAGGGAUUGUCUGGUCAUCCGCCAGUCGCUGCCUGUGGAGUGAGAAAUGAG